AUGAGCGCCAUCACCGCCGCCCUCGCAACACCAUCCACCUCACAGAAUGAACCAGUCAGCUCAGAUGCGUCGCGCAAGCGCAACAUCGCCGACGCCAUCCACACCCUCGACGAGGCCAUCGGGCCCUCAACCUCCGACCUCUCGCCGCCUUCACAACGCCAUCAUGGUACACGGUCGAUAUACACGACUCUCGCCAAGUAUGGCAUAAAGACGAAAGAGCCGCGCGCUGCGACGAGUAGUCUCUCGCUUAAGUCAGAGGCGCUCGUAAAAGCUCCUCACCGCUCCGCCUUCCUCUCCCGCACCGCAUCGCGUCGCAAGAAAGCCCCGGCCAUCGCCAGUAGCAGCCAAACAACCUCCCUACCAGGGAAAGAGUUCUCGCCCUCCUCCGUGCCCUCCUUCAUCUGCCGUCUUGGCACCUUCAAGUUCUCUACCUACGGCAACAAGCCUCUUGCGAUCGACGCCGUUGCCGCGGCGAAGCGCGGCUGGACGAGCGACGGCGUGAAGAAGGACCGGCUGGUGUGCGACUUCCGCGGCGCGUCCUGGGUCGUCGCUGGUCCCGAAGGUCUGUCUUGGGAUGCGGCUCGUCGAAAACAAAGGUUGCAACUCGCGUUGAUGCACAAGGACCUGUGUCCAUGGAAGACGCGCCAGUGCGAUGAUCCCACUUAUCGCAUACCACUCAAACCUCCAGCGCACAUGGCUCGCGAUGUCAAAGCCCGUGCUCUUCUACUUGAGCCGUUACUUGAGAGCAUUCAAAUUCGCCACCCCUUGACGUCAACCCCAGUUUCCGCGCACCACAAUACGCUCGCCUCCGUGACCGUUCCGCCACCCUUCCAGCCUACCUCCGCCUCCCAAGUCUCGCUCUCUAUCCCGCCCGAACCGACCUCCUCUCCUCCUCCGGUCUUAUCGUUGCGUACUGUCGCUUUCCCUCCUUGCUACGCCGAACAAUCCGACCGCACUCCCAUCGCUGCACUUAUCGAUAGGGUGGCUUCUGCGCUGCCCUUUACAUUUACAGCCGGGGUGUGCUUCAUCUCGCACUCAAGAUCUACGUCCUCCGCCUCAGGGGUCCAGAAUGCCUACGCCUUCUCGCUUAAUUAA